UCCCGCCUCCUCCCUCCUUCUUCUUGCUCCUCCGGCAUCUCCUUCCUUCUUCUCCCCGGAUCUUCUUCACCAUUAUGGGCUUCGGUGACCUGAAAUCCGCCUCCGGGCUCAAAGUGCUGAACGGCUUCCUGUCGGAGCGCAGCUACAUCGAGGGGUACGUGCCCUCUCAGGCGGACGUGGCCGUAUUCGAGGCGAUCUCUACGGCGCCCUCGGCCGACCUGGUCCACGCCCUGCGCUGGUACAACCACAUAAAGUCCUACAACAGCCAGAAGAGCAGCCUCCCAGGUGUGAAGAAAGCACUCGGUCAGUACGGCCCCGCAGGAGUGGCCGACACCACGUCAGGCGCCACCAAGGACGACGAUGACGACGACAUGGACCUGUUCGGCUCCGACGAAGAGGAGGACGCAGAGGCAGCCAGGCUGAAGGAGGAGCGCCUGGCGGAGUACGCCGCCAAGAAGUCCAAAAAGCCCACCCUCAUCGCCAAAUCUUCGAUCCUAUUGGACGUGAAGCCGUGGGACGAUGAGACGGAUAUGAAGCAGCUGGAGGAACACGUCCGCAGCAUCCAGAUGGAUGGACUCCUCUGGGGACAGUCCAAACUGGUCCCUGUGGGUUACGGCAUCAAGAAGUUGCAGAUCGGCUGCGUGGUGGAGGACGACAAGGUGGGCACGGACCUCCUGGAGGAGCACAUCACAGCCUUCGAGGAUUUUGUUCAGUCGAUGGAUGUCGCUGCUUUCAACAAGAUCUGAAAACUAACAUUAAUAAAAAGCACUUCAACACAAAA